AACAAUUUUUAGCAUGAUAUCAACAACUCACGUGCGCACGUGCCUCCCAAUUCGCUCCUACAUUCUUUCCGAUUCCGUCUGCAAAUAUCACUCACGCCACCGUAACGCCGCCGCACCUCCAUCAUCGCCACCACCUCCAAAACCUAAAAUCCACCGUUAAUUUACACAUCACCGGCAUUUCACACUGAAAAAACACUCUCAUCUUAAACCUCCACAAUCCCUACCGAUCAUAAUCGCUUCUCUGCGUGUGUUUGCACGAGUAGAACUGUAAAAGUUCGACUUAGCGAACAAACUAUGACGGCGAAGAAGAGAUUUGUAAAUGUUGCUUCGAGACGCCAUAUAUCGCCGUUAGUUUUGAAGUUUUUGAUCUUAUUGUUGAUAUUAUUUUGUAUCGUUGUUUUUUCCGGAGUAUUCUCGCAAUUUAGGCUUCAAUCGUCGUCUAGUUUCACGGAUUUAGGUCUCGAUGAAUUGCGUCUCGAUAGUUAUCGUAUGAAGAUCGCUUUUCUUUUCCUUGUUCGUGAUAAUCUUCCUCUCGAUUUCCUCUGGCACAACUUCUUUAAGAAUGCAGAUCCUGAGAAAUUCACAAUUUACGUACACUCGAAGCCUGGUUUUGUGUUCGAUGCGUCAACUACCAAAUCAGUGUUUUUCUACAACCGACAGUUGAAAAACAGUGUUGAGGUGGGUUGGGGUAAGCCAACUAUGAUUCAAGCAGAAAAGCUGUUGUUCAAGGCAGCCCUUGAUGAUCCUGAUAAUCAUAUAUUUGUUCUUCUCUCUGACAGUUGUGUCCCGCUAUAUAAUUUCAGUUACAUAUACACAUAUUUAAUGUCAUCUCCAAGAAGUUUCGUGGACAGCUUUAUUGAUGCUACGGAAGAACGUUAUAAUCCAGAGAUGUCUCCUGACAUACCUGAAGAAAAAUGGCGGAAAGGAUCCCAGUGGAUCACAUUAGUAAGAAGGCACGCAGAGGUGGUUGCAUAUGAUCACGUUGUUUUCCCUGUAUUUAACAAACACUGCAAGCGGCGGCCACUUCUAGACUUGAGCAAGGGAAACGAGUCUCUUAUAGAGCAGCAGCAACACAAUUGCAUCCCGGAUGAACAUUAUGUCCCCACCUCACUUGCAAUGCAGGGAUUUGAGGAUGAAUUGGCGAGAAGAACAUUGACUUAUUCUUUAUGGAACCAGUCUACCGAAACAAUGGAUACACAAGCCUGGCACCCUGUAACAUUUAGUUAUGCAACCGCUAGCCAGAAAAACAUUCAAGAUAUCAAGGAUAUUGACCAUGUUUAUUUCAAGUCUGAGAACCGGACUGAAUGGUGCAGUGGACCAUGUUAUCUAUUUGCAAGGAAGUUCACUCGUGGUGCAUCCAUGCGCCUUUUGACGAACGGUGUCGUGGGUCCAUAUGAUCCCAACACAUUGUUUUUGGACCGGAUAUAGGCUCGUGUUCUUGUGUUGGGAGAAAAUAUGGAAGAUAGUUGCAGUGAAUGUAUACCGAUUUGAUGUACAUAUGGAGGGUAUUUCUGAUAUACCCAACAUUUUGUUAAAAGUUGAGACCAUCCAAUUCCUCUAAAUAUCCAAGAAGUGAAGAACACUAUUCAUUUGUUUAAGGGUAAAUUACUUUUUGAGUC